CAAAAGAGGAGUGCAUGAUUGUGCAGAAGGACGAGAGCAAGAGACUGCAAGGAAUAAAGAGAGAGCAGAGGUGUGAGGGCAUGAGAAAAGCACACGGAGGGCAAAGCAACACUCAAACAUAAAAAAACAAAAACUCAAACAACUGAAAGAAGAGACUGAGUGCCGAUGAUCUAAGGAUGGCUGGAAUCAAGACAUCCAGUGGAGAAUACAUUGACUCCUCCUGGGAGCUCAAAAUCUAUGUCGAAGAUUUGGGGCCAAAUGCAGAUCCAGUAACAUUCAGAGUGACAGGCGAAACUCAUAUCGGGGGUGUGAUAUUACAGGCAGUAGAAAAAAUAGGUCUAUCUCGGAACUGGUCAGACCAUGCCAUAUGGUGGCAACAGAAGCGCCAGUGGCUGCUAAAGACCAGCUGGACUCUUGACAAAUAUGGUAUUCUGGCUGAUGCCCACCUCAUCUUCACUGCUCAGCACAAGCCUGUCAUCCUGUCUCUACCUAACCAGCGCUCACUGCGCAUCAGGGUCUGCUUCUCUAGCACCACUUUCAGUGCUUGUGCCGAAGUCUGCAAAGUUCUAGGUAUUAGAUACCCAGAAGAGCUUUCUUUUCUAAAGGCACCAGAAGAUAAAGAGAAAAAGAAGAAAAAGAAAGACCCAGUCACUCAAGAGAUCUUUGACCUUACCUCCCUACAGCCCUCUGAUGGAGGCUCUGCAGUGAUGAUGCUGCAGGGGGGAAUCCCAGCCCAUUUCCUUGCCAGUCCUGAGGCACAAGAAGGUUACCGAGCUCUUUCAGUCUGUCAAACCGGAUUAACCCCAGAAGAUAUCCAGAAAAGAUAUAAACCAAUUACAGUGACUGACAAAGCCUCAAUCCAUGGCAGAUGGCUGAACUCCUCCAAAUCUCUCUUGCAACAGGGAGUUCAAGAAGGAGACAGACUCUGGCUGCAUUUCAAAUAUUACACUUUUCAUGACUUAGACCCAAAGCUGGAUGUUGUCCGGAUCAAUCUUCUCUUUGAGCAGGCACGAUGGGCAGUGCUACUAGAAGAGACUGAGUGCACAGAAGAAGAGAUGAUGGUGUUUGCUGCUCUUCAGUACCACGUCAAUAAAUUGUCAGUUACCUCUAAUCCAAUGGAUAUGCCACAGGAUGCAGCACUGCAAGAUCUUGAGGAAGCAUUGUCUAAUCUGGAGGUUAAAAUGGAAGCAAAUACUCCCAGUGAGGCCCUGGAAGGUAUCCAGUUAGAACCAGGACUUCAAGAAUAUCUCCGGGUGUUUAGGCCAAAGAAAAUGACACUGAAGGGUUAUAAACAGAACUGGGUGCUGCUGAAAGAUACUAAUUUGUCAUGUUAUAAGAGCAAAGAAGAGGCCAGAGGGGAGCCACUGAUCAUGCUUGGUCUGAAAGGGUGUGAAGUUAUACCAGAGGUCAACAUAUCUUCUCAAAAGUUCUGUAUCAGGCUCUUAGUCCCAUCCCCAGAAGGAAUGAAUGAAGUGUAUCUGCGUUGCGAUGAUGAGCAACAGUAUGCCCGUUGGAUGUCUGGUUGUCGCUUAGCAGCUAAAGGGCGCUCCAUGGGUGACACGUCCUAUGAGGGUGAGGUGCAGAGUGUCCUCUCUUUCUUGAACUUACAGAAAUCCACCGCCACCGCAUCUAAUACAACAGCACCAGACUCCAUCAAUGUUCAUGCCUUAGUGUCUCCACGAUUCCAGAAGAAAUUAAAACCCAAGCAGUUGACGCCACGUAUCUUGGAAGCAUAUCAGAACAUAGCACAACUGUCUCUUAUAGAUGCCAAGCAGCGCUUCAUUCAAGCCUGGCAGUCCCUGCCUGACUUUGGGAUUUCUUACUUUCUUGUAAGAUUUAAGGGUUCUCGGAGGGAUGAGAUACUUGGAAUUGCCUGUAACCGCCUAAUUCGCAUAGAUCUUAGUGUUGGAGACAUUGUGAAAACUUGGAUGUACAGCAAUAUGAAACAGUGGAACGUCAACUGGGACAUACGACAGGUUUCCAUUGAAUUCACAGAGCACAUAAAUGUGGCUUUUACUUGUGUCUCUGCUCCUUGCAAAGUCGUACAUGAGUAUAUUGGGGGCUACAUCUUCAUGUCAACACGAGGCAAGGAUGGAGGGUCCAAAACUCUAAACGAGGAGCUGUUCCAUAAGCUGACUGGCGGGCAUGAGGCCCUUUGAAUUUCUGCACAAAUUAUUUUAUGCGGUCUCUUAUACCACUUUUUUUUUUCUGAGAAGAUAAAAUGGUCUUGUAAUCCUGUUAGGCUAUGGACCACACUGUUCCAGCUAUCAUUCCAUGUCACGCUGUUGUCUGACUUGUAGGUGACCAUAUCAGCAGUGUGUCUGACGUGGAUCAUUUUUGUCCAUAGGUUCAACGGUAAAAAAAGUUCAGAAACCCUCUACAUCCCUCAUACAUUGCAGAUGAUCAUGAUCAAACAGGUAGCACUAAAAUAGUUCUUUAUGACAAAUCAUUGAUCUUCUACCUACUGGUGAUUUUGGACCAUUUUGUUUUGUGAUUCUGGAAGUACAGUCUGGCAGCAUCUAGAGAUCUUCAAAAAGUAGAGGUCUAAAUCACAAUUACACUUACAUCUACCAAUGAUAGUUAAUAUAUAUUCAUAGGAAAAGCUGUGCAAAUUAAUUCGAUUAAUACAAGUAUAGGAUCCGUUAUCCAGAAAGCUUUGAAUUACGCAAAGACCGUCUCCCAUAGACUCCAUUUUAUCUAAAUAAUCCAAAUAAUUUUCUCUGUAGUAAUAAAACAGUAUCUUGUACUUCAUCCAAACUAAGAUAUGAUUAAACCUUAUUGGAAACAAAACCAUCUUAGAUCAGUUAUCUGUAAAAAACCCAGGUCCCGAGCAUUCUGGAUAACAGAUCCCAUACCAUAUAUAGCUUUUACAUCAUGUACAGAUAAGUACAGUAUGCAAUCUUCAUGGAUCAAUCAAAUCAAAAGGACAUUUAUCAUUUUAAUCUUCUAAUGUUCUCACCAAAAUAUAUCUAUGCACAAAAAUUGCAAAAUACAAUGUGAGUUUCUGUGUUUAUAUAUACAUAUAUCCAAUGAGUUACCACAGAAGAAACAUUGCAGGACGCAGAGGAAGAAUUUAAGGUUGAUGAAAAUGCUCCCAUUGAAGCCAUGGAGCAGCUUCCAUGUCUCUGCCUGUGCACAGAAUUAUUCUUGGCAAUUGAAAAUACUGUACGGCUAUUUACUUUACUGUGUUACCGAACAGCAUAUAUAGAGAGCCGGUUCUUUAUCAUAUUUGGCUUUGUUUCACUAGAAGAAAUCCAUAUAUGGCCAGGACUUCAAAAACAUCUCCUUGUAUUCUUUAUGCAAAAUCAUAAUUUUGUUCAAUUCA